AUGGCAUCAAUUAAGACAACAGUAAAAACAGAAGCUUGCUCAUUUAGUGAGUACAGAAUUUAUCCAGGAAGAGGACAAAAAUAUAUUGCUAAAGAUGGAAAAGUUUAUUUUUAUUUAUCAUCAAAAUUUGCUUCUUUAGCAUUACAAAAAAAAAAAGCAGCUAAAUUAAGAUGGACACAAGCAUGGAGAAGAAAUAAUAAAAAAACUAAAGUAGAAACAACCCAAAGAAGAAGAUAUAAAAAAACUAUAAAAGUUCAAAAAGCUGUAUGUGGUUUAACUGUUGAAGAUAUUAGAAAUAGAAAAGCAUAUGUUCAAAGUAUUGAAGCAAAGAACAAAGCUCGUUUAGCAGCUAAGGAGAAAGAUGAUAAGAAAAAAGGAAAAGAUGAUAAAAAGAAGAAUAUAGUACACUUUCAACAAAAAAAAGAUUUUAAUAAAUCUAAUAGAAUAAACAUGGCCAAAACAAAAAUGCAUAAAAUGAUGAAGAAAUAA